GAGAGAGAGAGAGAAGCAGCAAAGCAGUGGCGGGAGGCAAAAUAAGGAAAGAGAAGCCAAAAGCAAAAGGAAAAAGCGCACCGUACCAUAUCGUUCCACAAAUCCAAAGGUCAGCACAUCCUCAAAAACCCUAUGCUCGUCGACACCAUCGUCCAAAAAUCCGGCAUCAAAAGCACCGUACCAGCCGAAUCCUUUAUUCAAAAUCCGGUUGGAAACUGGAAAUCUCGCACUCUCUCCAAAUACCAAAACCAAACCCUAGAACUAGAAGAUCAAAAUCUCCUGAAGAUGAAGAUGGAUUCGGAAUAUGAAUAUGAAUUUGAGAUCGCUUUCUGUGGGCGUAUUGGUCCAUCCACAGAGUGGUAUGCAAUGAAGGUCACAGAACCAUACUUCCGAUCAUCUUCUUCGGCGAAGUAUAAGUAUGGGAAGAACAAAGAAGCGAGGAGUAUCGUGAGCAAGAAGGAGCUGUUGGUUCCGAUUUCGGUAAGCAAAUUUAGUUGCAGCUGCAGACGCGGGCUACCCGUAGCAGUUCUAGGCUCUCAUAUGUAUUGUCUUGGUUCCAUAGUGUCUAAUCCCUCUAGCAAUAGCAACCAAGUGUGGACUCUAGACCUUACUAGUAGUAGUAAUUGUUGGAAACCUGGUCCUCACACGAAUUUUACCAGAUGGAAUCCUCAUGUGAUGGUCCUUGACAACAAGCUAUAUGCAUUGGGUUCUUGUCAUCCCGAUUUUGAAGCCGAGAGCAGUGGCUGUGGUUGGAUGGAGGUUUUUCACCCAAAGUUAGGAACUUGGGAAUCCUUGCCCAAUCCUCCAUCUCGAUGUUUCCUACAGAGAAUUAUGCUUUCCGCACCUCUCCAUGAUAAAAAACAGAUUGUUGUAGCUGAGCGUUGUAAUGGUUGUGUUACAUUCCAUAUUUAUAAUGUGGAGACUCGACGUUGGGCAACACUUGAUCCUCCAAGGCGAGACGUUAUGUCUGCCCAGUUCAAGGGACGUGAUGGGUUUCCUAAUGACGACACCAUCACUGCUUUACGACCUGCAGUUGUUGGAAAUACUCUCUAUUGGGGCUUCCUUGAUGACCAGAAGUUAUGCCUACAAGCAUACAAUUUAGAUACGAAUGUGUGGUUCUAUGGUCGUCUUGACUUGUGCUCCUCAGUUUUAUGGAAGGGUGAAUUUUUGCCGUGUCAAUUAUCUACUUCUUUGCACCACUUGGCUCAUCACAAAUUCUGCUUUCUUUUCUUGAGCCUCGGCAGAGGAAGCUUCCUUAAUUGUCUCAUAUUUGACGUUUCUCCAAUUUCCCGCAAAAAUUAUCAUUAUCACGCUAAUGACGAAGAUGACGACUUUUCCCGUAACCUUUACCGUGAUUGUUGGGAUAAGGAUCGGCCUUUCUCCAAAGCUUUCUCCAAAUUGGGUAUUUCCAUUGUCUCCAUCCAUAAGUAUCCCGUCCAUGGUAGAUUAAGAGUCCACCACACCGUGUUGCUGGAUGCUGGAUUUUAUACAUCAGAGAAGAAGAAACCAAAGUUGUCACGUAAACCAAUUGAGAGCCCAACUUGCAGGGAUGCUAGAUUUUAUGCCCCAAAGAUGAAGAAACCAAAGUCAUCACAUAAGCCAUAAGCCAAGUUAGACCGUCAAUGAUAUUUAUCUUAGUAGGUUGCUUCCUUGAAGACUAAGUUUCUAAUGCUUAUGAUUUUAUAGACCUUGAUGAAAGAUUUAAUCUUUGUAGUUUAUUUAGAAUCAUUAUGGAUAAUCUGUAUUACAAACUCAGUUAGAACUUAAUGGUUAUGAAUGAAUCAAGCUUUUGUUUUUAUGUU